GAGCUGAAUAUGAUGUAAUGUAUUUUCCUGCUAGGCAGACAACAAGGAAUUCUUCAGACUUGGAAGAGUCAGCUGAUGGAAUGAUUUUAGCACCUGAAGAUCUGAGUUACCAAAUAUACGAUGUUUCAGGAGAAAGCAGCUCAACAAUUUCUACAGAAGAUUUAAAAGAUUGUCUGAAAAAACAAUUAGAGUUCUGUUUCUCCCGAGAAAAUUUAUCAAAGGAUCUUUACUUGACAUCUCAAAUGGAUGGUAAUCAGUUCAUUCCAAUAUCGACAGUUGCCAACCUGGAGGAAAUAAAAAAACUGACCACAGAUCAAGAUUUAAUUCUUGAAGUGCUGAGAUCUUCUCCUCUAGUACAAGUUGAUGAAAAGGGAGAGAAGGUGAGACCAAGUCAUAAGCGUUGUAUUGUAAUUCUCAGAGAAAUUCCUGAAACAACACCAGUAGAGGAAGUUAAAGCUUUGUUUAAAAAUGGAAAAUGCCCCAAAGUGAUAAGCUGUGAAUUCGCACAAAACAGCACCUGGUAUAUCACGUUCCAGUCAGACACAGAUGCACAACAGGCUUUUCAAUAUUUAAGGGAAGAAGUUAAAACGUUUCAGGGCAAGCCAAUCAUGGCAAGGAUAAAAGCCACUGCUAUAUUUUUGGCUAAGAAUGAUUAUCCAUUAAUGGAUUCUAGUAUGUAUACUCAACCCAUUCAGAUGCCAACUCAAUAUCCCUCACCAGUCUUUAUGCAGCCAUUUGACUUAGUAGCUACAAAUGUUCCUCCUUUUCCUGGAUGUUCAUCAAGAAGGCCAGAUGAACUUGUGUUGGAUAAUAGAAUGUCUGAUGUCCUUAAAGAUGUCAAGAAAGAAAAGGAUACUGAAGAAGUGAGUGUUAGUUUCCCAGUGCAUUCAGAGGAUGAACAGAAAGACUGUGCUUCUGCCCAGCAACUCAGCUUAAAUCCCAGUCCUUCAUGUAAAGCCGAGCUUCCUGCAGUAAGCACAACUCAGCAAGAGGAGAAUCAAAGGGAGCAUUCCUCACUUCGAAAGGAUGUUAUCAACCAGAUCACUGUACCAGUUUCUUCUGCAGCUACUUCAAAGCCAUCAAGGCCACACACUGCUUCACCUUGCAGUAGUAAGGUAAACACACACACAGCUGUGCUACAGGAACCUCGAAAGUUAACUUACACUGAAGUGUGUUGGAAGCCUCCUAAAGAACCAGCUUCAGUUCCUGUACAAACGCUAAGGGAAAUGCCUUCUAAUGUGGCAACACCCACCAGAAAGGAGAAUGGAGCGCCCAAGAAGCCUGUUGAAAAAACACAAGAGAAACCUGAAACAAGGGCUAGUAAGUAUCAUUCUGUCUUUCGAGGCAAUACCAUUCCCCGUGGAGCAGCUAGAAAAAUCAGGGAUCAGAGAUGCCAGUUUAGCCAUAGGGCUACACCUCAGGGAGUGACUCAAUGUUAAGGGAAAGAGCAGUUCGUGCCACCCAGAUCACCAAAACAAAAGCAAAACAUAACAAAAACUACUCAGAAACUUGUCUCUUCCCGCUAAACUUGAGCCUAUAUUGAACUGUUUUGAAGGGAGGAAGUAGCCAGGAAAGAUGGGAAGUAUGUCCUUAAAUAUGAUGGAUUUUGGAAU